AUGUUGCAGCUCCGGGAAAUCAGGGAGGAGUGGAUCUCAGCCUAUUUCAAAAACGUCUUCUGCGCAAGAAUGACAUCUACUCAGCGCUCAGAAAGCAUGAAUGCAUCCCUAAAGCGUAGUCUGUUAAAUGAGAAGCUCAGUCUGAACCGUUUUGCAGAACAAGUUACCAAACUAAUAUUCCAAAGGAGACAGGCAGAAAAUUUAAAGACAUAUGCAAUACAGUCAAAAACAAAUAAGAGAACCCAUUAUGGAUUUGACCAUCAAUUCCAGCAACUUUAUACGAAGACUGUUUUCAAAGAGUUGCAGGCUCUGCUGAAGAAAAGCACACUCUUCCGCAUAAAACCAAACCUAGACUACCCUGAACUUGAUGAGUACAAUUAUCUGGUGACCUAUCACCAACCAACGAUCGACUUUUCUUGGUCAAACCAUCAGUUCAGAGUACUUGCAGAUCCUAUUGGAGGCGAAUACAGGUGCGAGUGUCUGCUAUGGGAACACACAGGACUGUUCUGCCUACAUGUUUUAUGCCUGCUGGACCACCUGAGGGUUGAUAGCAUUCCAGUCAGUUACAUACUAAGGAGGUACACUAAUGGAGCACGACAUAGAGGAACUUUUGAUAGGAGAGAUUACAAGACACAAGCUUCUGAUGGAACCUCGUAUCUGUACCAGCAGAAUGAAGUACUACAGCUGGCUAUGAAAGUUGUUAGGAAAGCAACAUGCUCAGAAGAACAGCGGGCAAGAGCAAAAGUUGGUCUGCAGUCACUGUAUGACGAACUUGAUGCAAUGGGUUCAUCAACACCAGAUAAUGAUGAAGAUGGUUCAGGCCAGUGCCCAGAUAUUGAUGAGUUUGAACCUAAAAUGACCCUAAGAUGA